AUGGCAGAAACCGCUCCAGCCCCGGCUGCUGCCGCCCCGGCCAAAGCGCCCAAGAAGAAGUCAGCUGCGAAAGCCAAGAAAGUAGGAGAGGAGCGGCGUGUCCCUCGCCGCCUGAAGAAAGCUAUCGCCGCCAGCGGCUACGACGUGGAGAAGAACAACUCCCGCGUCAAGAUCGCCAUCAAGAGCCUGGUGACUAAAGGCACCUUGGUGCAGGUCAAAGGGACCGGCGCUUCGGGCUCAUUCAAGCUCAACAAGCAGAAAGCCGAGACCAAGAAGACACCGGCCAAGAAAGCGGCUCCUAAAGCGAAGAAGCCUGCGGCCAAGAAACCCGCUGCUGCCAAGAAGCCCAAGAGCGCAGUGGCAAAGAAGCCCGCGGCGAAGAAAUCGCCCAAGAAGGCCAAGAAACCCGCCGCCACAGCCGCUAAGAAGGCGACGAAGAGCCCCAAGAAGGCAAAGAAGCCAGCAGCCGCUAAAAAAGCAGCCAAGAGCCCUAAAAAGGCCAAGGCGGCUAAACCUAAGGCGGCAAAGCCUAAAGCCGCCAAGCCUAAAAAGGCAGCGCCCAAAAAGAAAUAA